AUGUACACAGCUUUAACUCAUGUGGUCUGGUUCUUGGCAAUAGCCACUCUUACUAUUCAGACAACCCUCAGUCUUCUUCCGACAACUCCAAUUCAAAAUGUUUCCAAGACUUACAUUGUCCACGUCACCACUCCGCCACGAGGUACUAAUGUCUCCGAUUGGCACCUCUCUUUCCUCCCUAAAGGAGGUGAUGAUCGGAUAGUACACACCUACCGCCAUGUCAUCAACGGUUUCGCUGCGAAAUUAACUCCCGAUGAGUUGGCGGACAUGGAGAAGAUCUCCGGCUUUCUCCAUGCCAGCCCCGACAGACGUUGCACCCCACACACCACCAAUUCCCCGUCUUUCCUCGGUCUCAAUCCCGAACGAGGCUCGUGGCCCGGCCAAACGGAUUUUGGAAGUGGCGUGAUUAUCGGAGUUUUGGACUCCGGAAUCACUCCGAACCAUCCUUCCUUUUCUGAUGAAGAUGUCCCUCCCCCGCCGGCCAAGUGGAAGGGCCGAUGCGAUCUCCCAAUCUGCAACAACAAGAUUAUCGGCGCCCGGAACUUCAUCGACUACGGGCUGCCGCCGUUGGACCACACAGGACACGGCACUCACACAGCCAGCACAGCCGCCGGCAAUUUCGUGUCGGGCGCCAACCUGUUUGGCCAAGCCAACGGCACCGCGUCCGGCCUGGCCCCUCAUGCCCACCUUGCGAUCUACAAAGUAUGCGACAUCGAGUCCUGCGACCAGAGCAACAUUCUGGCCGGACUCGAUGCCGCAAUUGAAGACGGCGUGGACGUUAUCUCGCUCUCGGUCAGCACCGUGGUCCUCCAUCUUUACGAGGACUACGCCGCCAUAGGGGCGUUUGCCGCCACAAAAAAAGGAAUAUUUGUGAGCACUUCAGCAGGAAAUGAAGGCCCUUUUACCUCUAGCACAGAAAAUACGUCACCAUGGACCUUAACGGUCGGCGCCAGCACCACUGACCGGACAAUCGCAGCCGCAACGAUUCUUGGCAACGGGGAUAUUUUCAAAGGGCAGGCCGUGGGGGACCCGACGAACUAUUCUUUGACUAUGUUGCCGUUGGUUCAUUACCCAGGCCAGGCGGCGGAGUCUUGCGAAUCCGGAAGUUUGGACAACUUGGAUGUGAAGGGGAAGGUUGUCCUCUGCGUGAUGGAGUCCAGUCCCGUUGGAAUAGCUCAGGCGGUGAAACAUGCCGGUGCUGCAGCAGUGAUUUUGAUGAACAGCGAGGAGGGUGGCUACACAACUAUGUCAUAUGCUCUCCCUCUUCCGUCUCUCUCCGUUAGCUACUUGUACGGAGAACAAAUAAAAAAAUACGUCAGCUCAACCAGCACCCCUGUAGCAAAAAUUUUACUACAAGGAACUGCAUUCAGAGAUGAAACCGCCCCUGCGGUCGCCUCAUUCUCUUCGAGAGGACCUAACUCUGUCAGCCCGGGAAUAUUGAAGCCGGACAUUCUUGGUCCUGGCGUCAAUAUUCUCGCGGCCUGGUACAAAUCGGUUGAGAAUGCAAAGCCAGCCACCGCCGCCUUCUACCUCGAUAGCGGUACAUCAAUGGCGUGCCCACAUUUGAGCGCCGUUGCGGCCCUCAUCAAGAAAGCCCAUCCCAGCUGGUCUCCUGCCAUGAUCAAGUCAGGCAUGAUGACCAGUGCGAGUCAACUAAACCGUGAUCAGAAACCAAUACUUGAUGGAAGCACCAAUCGCCCCGCGGACGUGUUUGCGACAGGGGCGGGGCAUGUAAACCCGAAGCUGGCACUUGAUCCAGGACUCGUGUAUGACAUCACGAGUCAGGAUUACAUAUCUUACCUCUGUUCGUUGUAUUCGGAGAAGGAAGUGGAAGUCAUAGUUCGAGAGAAAGUCAACUGCAGUGGCUUAGGAAUACCCGAAGCACAACUGAACUACCCGUCGUUUGCCGUCCAACUCGGAAAAGGAGGAAGCGUAACGUAUUCCAGGACAGUCACAAACGUCGGAAAUGCCAACUCGACAUAUGAGGUUGAAAUUGAAUCUGCUCCGGGUGUGGACAUCUCGGUGGAGCCCACGGUGCUUACGUUUACUCAACUCAACCAGAACAGCACUUAUAAGGUUGAAUUUAGGAGACAAAAUAAGAAAAAUGAAACAGGAGGAUAUGUUCAAGGAUCCAUCACUUGGUCUUCUGUGACUCACAAUGUCAGAAUCCCUGUUUCUGUUCACUUACUGGAUUAUUAA